CCGAAACGCGAUAGAAGACGGUGGACGAGGCAGGAAAGUGAGAGGAAAAAAAAAAAAAAAAAAAAGAACAAAAAAAAAGUAAAACCAGGAGAGGCGUUUUUGGUUUGACGAAGAGGAUGAGUGCGCAACAGGAGCGUCUGUAACAGCUGCAGGCACUGAGGGGAUCUGAAGGGGGUUUGGGUGUGCGCCACUUGGGUCCCUUUCCAAUGGAGAAAGAAGCGCUGAUGCCACACUUCUAAAAGUUUAUUUUGGUCACUUAUUGGGCUCUUGGUUUGACCAUCAGACCGUAAACUAAUUCACACCAAGUAACUUUUUGCUCUGAAACUACUUGAUUUUGUUUAAAAGUGAGCAGAAUAAGAUAAAUCAUAUGUGUCCCAAUAAGUAGACAGUUUUAAUCAUCAUCUCCAGUCAGCCCAGAACCUCAUGAUUUGGAAUGGACCAGGAUUUGAGCCUCAUUCACAUGCUAUCACCCACCUGGAACUGGGCUGUCACCGCCGGCACCGUGAGCCACUGACUCCUGGGAGCCACAACUCUCCCCAAUGAAGCAGUCCUGGUGGGCCCGCCUGGCACAGCUUGGCCUGCUUGCUGUGUGGACUUGCAUAUGGCUGGUGCAGGGAUGUGGACCGGGCCCUGGGUACGGCAUCCGCUCCAGGCCCAGGAAACUCGCAGCCAUGCACUACAAGCAGUUCUUCCCCAACUUCUCAGAAAACAACCUUGGGGCCAGCGGGAGAGCGGAGGGCAAGAUCACUCGCAACUCGGAUCGCUUCAAUGAGCUUGUGUGCAACUACAACCCAGAUAUUGUGUUUAAGGAUGAAGAGAACACCAACGCAGACCGAUUUAUGACUAAGCGAUGCAAGGACUGUUUGAACAGGUUGGCGAUUGCAGUCAUGAACCAGUGGCCAGGCGUCCACUUACGUGUGACAGAGGCCUGGGAUGAGGACGGUCACCACCCUCCUGGCUCUCUGCAUUAUGAGGGUCGUGCUGUGGACAUAACCACUGAUGACAGAGAAACGGAGAAGUAUGGACUUCUAGCCCAGCUGGCGGUGGAGGCUGGCUUUGACUGGGUCCACUACGAGUCCAAGUAUCACAUCCACUGCUCGGUGAAAGCUGAUCACUCUGUUGCAGUGGAAAAGGGUGGCUGUUUCCCAGGCUGGGCCCGGGUGACUGUUGCUGGAGGGGGACAGAAGACGCUGUCAUCACUGGCUCCUGGGGACAGAGUCAUGGCCAUGUCUGCGACAGGCCAAAUAGUGUUCAGCCAAGUCCUCCUGUUUCUGCACCAGGACCCAGAGAGCUGGUCUACUUUUCUGUCUCUGGAGACAGAGGAUGGUCACAGAUUGACCCUUACUCCACAUCACUUGAUCUUUUUAGCCCCUCAUGGUGAACUCCACAGCAGUGAGUACCAGGCUCAGUUUUCCAGCAGAGCCAAACCAGGUGACUAUGUUCUCAUUCAUACUGCUGCAGGUCAAGUCCGUCCUUCUAAAAUCAUCUCAGUGUCAGUAGAGGAGAGCGUCGGAGUGUAUGCACCUUUAACAGAAGAUGGAACACUGUUUAUUGAUGGUGUUCUGACGUCCAGCUACGCAUUAGUGGAAGAUCACAAUCUCGCACACUGGGCGUUUGGACCUAUUCGGAUCUUCUCGUCAUUCAACCAGCUGCUUUGGGGAAAGAAAACAAAACAACAAACUAUAGACAGUAAAACUUCCUGCACUACAAGAGACAAAGCAGGCAUUUCUGUGAUCGACCACUUUCUAAAUAAACAGGACAAUCAGAGUGCACCGAUACGUAUGGAAAUGGAAGGAAAACAGUCCUUACAAAGACAGAUGUCCAAUGUACACUGGUAUGCCAGCUUACUCUACAAUAUUGGAUCUGUCAUCUUAGAUUCAAGCUUCUUUCAUUCUUAAAAACAUAUAUGUUCCACUGCUCAUUUGAUAUAACUUUGAAGCAUUUACACUAACACUUCCCUUUCCUCAUUCCUUCAGUAAAUUAAAAGCACUGGAGUAACUUGUUUUUUUUUUUUUUUUUUCUCAUGAUCAUAAUGAUAUACACGCUAUGGUAAAGGAAUUUUUUUUUUUUAUAUAAGGUUGAGUUCGGUGAAAUAGUUCUGUCUGAAAGAGAAAAUGUAAAAUGUCCACAUUAUGAGACUUGUAUAUUAGCUUAUUUGUACAUCAGACAUUUGUUUUAAUUAUGACAAUUACACAUGUAAAAAAAAUGUACUAUUCUAAUGGGAUAGGAAUGAAUUUUCACACAAUAGAAUCUUUAUUUUUGUACUGUUUGAAUCAUAAUAUAUAAAGUUUCAUUUUAUUAUAAUAAUUCCACUACAUGCAUUGUAUGUCCUCACUUGUCAUGUCAUAAAACUAAUUAAAAUGUCAUG